AUGGCGGAAUUUCAAGUGUCACACCCGUACCACACCCAAGGGCUGGCCGCAGGGGGUUCAGCCCUAUUUGAUGCGGUCAACAGAGGCCAGGUGCAUCUUGCCAAAUUUUUGCUGGAUGCUGCGGUAUCGCCAGAUGUCGUGAACAUGAGGGAUUUUAAUGGCAAGACACCUCUGAUCAGAUGCUGCUAUGUUAAGAUGCCCUCUCUACCGGGAGAAAGCAGUAAAUUAUAUUCAAAGUUCAAAAGGUCACGAGGUCAAAGGGUCAACAUACAGACCUCAUUUUGGGGUGAAAAUGUCCGAAGUUACUCGCACUUUCAUAUAGGCGUAUCCGUGUAUUUGGAUGUAUCUGGAUGUAUUGUAACGGACACCCAGCUUGUAAGAACGUGCAAUUUGUCUCGGUUCGAUUGCCGAGAUAUCCCCGUCUAUCAGAUGCAAGCCAAGAACCACAUCAUAUACAAAAGACUUGAGAUAAUCCUUGAUUUUUUUUUUCGCAGGCGUCAUUUGAAUCAGGUAAACAUGCAACAACAACUCAAAGCCUGA